GUUAUUGCAACGCAUAAAUUUUCAAGAUCACUAAUGGCUUUGUAUCACACCAAUAUAAAUUAAAGAAACAAAAAAAAAAUCAAUUUAGUGUCUCUUGUCUUUUCUAAGCUAAAACAUCCAAAAUUUUUAUCUCAAAUUGAAAGAAAUUAUUUCUGAUUUGAAAUGAAAUCUGAAGAUGGAACAAAUGUGAUUGUGCAACCUCCUUGUGGUGCUAUUAGAGGAAUAUUGGAGAUUUCUGCUUUUGGAUACGAAUACGCGAAUUUUUAUGAUAUUCCAUAUGCUAAACCACCUCUUGGACCUCUACGCUUUAAGGAUCCUGAACCUCUAGAACCGUGGUCGGAUUUACUCGAUGCAAGUAUAAAUGCUCCAAAUACUCUUGAUACUCAAGUUUUAAAUGAAGAUUGUCUUAAGUUGAAUGUCUACACGAAAUAUGCCCGACUUGAACAUAAUCCUCAGCCUGUAAUGAUUUUCAUUACUGGAGGAUGGUUUCUACGGUGUCCAGCCCAUAAGGAUGAAGUAGGACCAGAAUUCCUUUUACAGAAAGAUGUAGUUUUGGUUACAUUUAAAUACCGAUGCGGUGCCUUAGGAUUUCUGUCCAGUGAUGAUCCUGAAAUUGGUGUUCCUGGCAAUGCUGGGCUCAAAGAUCAAGUCAUGGCACUGAAAUGGGUUCAACAAAAUAUCAGUGCAUUCGGAGGCGAUCCUAACAAUGUUACAAUUUUCGGUUGUAGUGCCGGAGGUUGCAGUGUUCACUAUCACAUGCUUUCACCUCUAUCUAAGGAUCUUUUUCACAGUGCUGUGAUUAUGUCUGGAUCGGCAUUUUAUCCACGUGGACUUAUACCUAAACUCAAUUGGACAACACGCUUAGCCAGGAAAUUGGGAUGGCGUGGUCGAGGUGAAGCUUCUGCAUUUCAGUUCUUAAGAGGAGUCGAUGUAAAAACGAUCAAAGCACAUGAAGAAAAUCUUCUGACUGAACAAGAACAGGAUAAUGGAUUAACUUCAAUUUACGGAGCAGUUUUGGAAGCCUACAAAUCGAGGAUGUGCAUGAUCCCUGAGCAUCCUGAAGAAAUGGUGAAACACGCUUGGAGUCAUCAGAUCCCUCUUAUGAUUGGAGGAACGCAAAAUGAAGGACUUAUCUUCUAUCGAGAGGCAUUGGAAAAUCCUGAAGUUUGGAGUAAAAUCAAUACAACACCUGCAACACUUUUACCAUACAACUUAACGCAGGACCCGUUUAAGAGGAAACUUUACGGAGACAAAAUGAAACAGUUUUACUUUGGAACAGAAUAUGCAACAGUCGAUGAUAUGGAUUCAUACAUAUUCCUAAUGGGAGAUACAACAUAUUGGUAUCCAAUCUACAAGGCUCUGAUGAGCCGGCUUAGGUAUUCACAGAUUGGGGUCACUGCUCCUACUUGGCUCUAUAAUUUUGCAUAUGAGUCCCCGGAAUUGUAUAAACAUCGUCUAAUUCCUACCAGUGGAUUCCCUGGAGUAUCUCAUGCCGAUGAUUUACUACUCCUUUUCCCAAAUAACGGUGGUUUUGGGAUACCACGCAAAGGAACUCCAGAGUAUCAUAUGAUGCAACUCAUGGUGGAAAUUUAUACAUCCUUUGCCAUCAAUGGAAAUCCCAAUAAUGAAUUACUGACUAAAAUCAUGGGCGAAUGGAAACCAGCAACAAGAACUCGUCCAACAAUAUGUUGCAACAUCGCAAAUCCUCCACAAAUUAUGGAUCUACCUGAGAAGGACAGGGUCAUUUUCUGGGAAGGUCUUUAUGAAGAUAGCAAGGGUCAAGCAAAUACUUUUAGACGCAGAAUAUCAGAAAAAUAUAGUCGAAAGAACUUUACAUGGAAAGAUAUCGAAGAUAUCAUUCAGAAAAAUUUUCCAGACCGAGAAAUCGAUUUUCAGGACUUUCCAUCGGUUAAGAUAGAUAGAGUAGUGAUAGAUAAUUCGAAAAAAUUGUCUAGCAAUAUUGUUGAGUCAUUCUUACCAACUCUUAUAUUAAUUAUUGUUUUCAUAAUUUUUGGGUUGAUCUAUCUACUAUCAAUUUUUCUAAAAUGACAAUUUUAAAUCUAUUGUAUUUUCCAUGUAUAUUUUUAAUCUAUAGGGUAAAAUGAUAUAAUUUUGAAUUAGUGUUACAAGUUGGACAAUUCGCCGGUACAAGUUAGACAUGGCUUUUUUCUUGAUAAAUACAGUACAAAAUUUGUUUUUAAGCACAAGGAACCAAAUUAUAAAACUAAAGCAUUAAAAAUAUACAAAUAAAAAUGAAGUACUAAAUUUAUCAAGACAAAAAGCCCUGUCCAAAUUGUACCAUUGUCCAAUUUGUACCACUGUCCAACUUGUACCACUUUACCCUAAAUUGUCAAAUAAAAAUUUACAAAUUCUAUAGACUAUAAAAAAAAUAAACAUUUAAAUUAUUAAACGUAAA